AUGUUGGAGUCCUUGUCUUCCCGCCUUUCGUCCAAAUUGGGCAAGAGUUCCAAGCACAUACCGACUUAUAGACACAUCUCUGCCACUACCGAUGAUAUCACUCUCGAGUUCCCUGCCGAGAUAGAAUACAGAGUCGAUACCUUGCCCACUGGAACCCUUCUUCCUAAACCCACCUCACGUACUGCCAACUUGCCUCAAACUGCUAUGUCCAAGCAGAAGAGCGGGUGGAUGGCAGAGUCGGGGCAGAAUUGGUACUUGGGCAACUUUUCGGUUCGGGCCGGAUCUAUAGGCGCUUGUGGCACGGUAUCAGCACUGGGAACACAAAGCGAACUUGCAAACUAUCCUAUUCCCUCUGGUGAUCUGAGAGAGGGACAUUUUUCAGGCCCGUUCACAACCAAACAGGCCUUCGGAGGGCAAGUCACUACCAAGGCAAGUGACCCGAAUUCAUUCCAUAGGACCGAGAGGGACUUUUUCAAACAUUUGGAAGAAGAAUCAGGAAACGUAUAUAGACUCGUGAACGUGGAAAUGGGUGAUUACUGUGAGGACAUUGACCCAGGAGAUCAAGGUACUCUGGUCAAUACCCGAGAUGUUUCCGAGAUAGGGGAUCGGAAAACCGCCACUGUGACGAAACGGUAUAGCAAGGCGAGAUGGAACUUUCGCGCUCAACUCAGAGUACCGACAGAAGGCAAUCUACCAGACAAGAAGGCGGAAGAAUGA